AUGCUCCAAACUAGAAAGUCAAAAAAGGAUGGAAGAAAGAGGACAUACUCGUUGGUGUCCAAUACUACAAACCCACAGGCUGGUCCUGUCGCAAGCCCUAAAACUGUCGAGAACAGUUCACCUUCACAACGGCCAAAUGGGUCAAGACAAGCCCUAAAUGCGCCUGUCGCUCCAGCGAACCCAAAGAAGCCAGAGUCGAAGAAGAUGCCUAAUGUCUUUGAGUUCCUAGAAGAGAACGAUGAAUCAUCUUCAGACUCAUCCUCGUUAUCGUCAUCCUCGGAGUCUGAAUCAGACGAGGAGCCGGAGCCUCCACGCCCUAUACAAUCCACCACCCAGAUCCAGGCUCCUAAGCCGCGGACAAACACUGUGCCACAUGGAGUGUUGGUCUCAGGAGGCAACAUUUCCCCGAAGAAAGUCACCCAGUCACCCCCAGUAGCAUCGAAAAGUCCAAAAGAGCCACGAAAACCCGCGCCUUCUACAGGCAAUCAGUUAGUCACCCGGAAGAGACAACCCACUAGAAAGCCGAGCCCAAUCUCGACUGCGCAAACCUCUCCAGGAAUAGGCGAACUAGAACUGUCCCGACCACAGACCUACCAUGGAUCGCCAAGAGACAACGGUGCGAUCCAUAGACCACCGCUCCCACCAUCACCCCCAAGAAGCCCGGAAGAUAGUCUUCACCGCACCACGCCGACAAAGAGACGAGACUCCAACGUAUCGCAAGAGCCAUCGGGAUACGGGCUUCUAGCCUCGCACCUAACCAAAUCCGCUUCAGAAGAGAGCGGAAGCUUCCCUCCGCUCUACCGACGCUUCGAGACCGUCAACCACCGCGUCCUCCUCCACCUCCAAGACGAGAUUUCCCAAAUGGAAGAAGAUCUCCACACGCUAGAUGAGUACGAAGAAAUACAUCGAGUCAGCACAGCCGAGCAGGAAGGCGCAAAGCCCUUCCCGGCCUCCCGCAGACGGGACGCCCAGGCCCAGGCUUACUCGUCGCUGCAUUACCGCCGCAUGGAUCUCAUGAGCGCUUUGAUCCAAAAGACCGAACAAUACAACAACGCCCUCUGCGCGUACAGCAAAGUCCUACAGACGCUCCCGCGGGCCUCGGAACAGGAUAUCGCAGGCUAUCGCGGCUGGAUGAGAGAGCACAAGCCCAUCGCUGGUGUCGAGACGCGGUUCCUAAUCCACGACGCGGAUCUGGUCUCACUCACUCCGCGACUGGCUGCAUCGGCCGCUGCAGCACCCGUCUACGUCGCAAUAAUCAUCGCAUCGGGUGCGCUCCUGUUGCCACUGCUAGCGUUCAGUCUUAUUGCGGAGUUCUCUGGUCGUCUGGUCGUUGUGACGGUGGUUGGUGGUGCCGCCGCGGCUAUUGCGGCGAAUUACUCGGCUGGUAUUGAUACACUGGUCGACUCGAGGGAUGGUUGGCGCUGUGCUACGAUAUACUUCGGUUUCAUGGCUAUUGCUGCUAUGUUCAUUCCCUAG